GUGUCAUACCAAAUCAAAUCGAUUUUGAUAGCCCUGAUGGCUUCCUUCAUGCCUAAUCACUCAACGAUGCUAUUGGCAUCCCUUUUCCUCAUCGUCCUAGCAACCUCCUUAGUCUCCACUACAUGCUCCAAGCGUGGGCGGGUGUUGGAGUCGGAGGAGGAUCGAAAUGUGCGCUACGCUGUGGGUGACCGAAAGGCCUACUUUGAGGAACUGUGCAUCGAUGCGAGGGAUCCUGAGCCAGGUGUGAAGGCGUUGGAGACACUAUUCCCAAAGCUCGAGUACAGGUUCGAGGUGACAGAAUUCGUUACGCUAAUCCCACAUGUCAUAGCCAACUGGACUGCUGAGGCCAAGGCCCUUGCCGACCCACUCAUCGCCGCCGCCAUGAAGAAGGGCCAAAAGCUUCCCAAGUGCCUCGAGUCCUGCACCGCCAGCCUCGAUGAGGUGUCCAACGCCAUGUCUGGGCUUCCCGCGACGAUCAACUUCGGGUACCCAAAAGUUGAGAAAUUCCUCCGCAAGUCAUUCGCAGAGGACGCCGGGCCCCCGAUGUGUGUGAGUGGUUGCCCGGACAAGUCAUGCUCCCCUGAGGAGAAGAUCAUUGCCGACAAGUUUCAUGACAUCUGGGGCCUGAUGGAUUGUGUGGAGCCAUAUGCUGACAACUAUUUGGCACCCCCUCCACCUCCACAAAGUUAAUUAUCCGGUCAUGGACGUGCCCAACUUAAUUACUUACUAUACCUCUACGCUAUUGUGCCACCUUUACGUCUUGUAUUUUGUUUUUCACAUUCAAUUGUGCCCACGUGACCCAUGUCUGAUUAUAAUGGUCAGAUGGCAUUUGUUAAGCUCUCAUAUGUAUUUUUCGAAAGUUUAUUGAAUUAAAUAAGUUUAUCUUUUGUGUCUGUCAA